AUGGCCGCAUACACAGCGGCCCAUCACCAACUUGAAGACCCUCAUCCUGCUUUGUCAGUGUGCCACGGUGCUCGUUUCGGGCCUCGUGCCCAGAGCAGGUAUGAAUGGAACGAGGAGGUAGCCAAGGUGAGGAAGGUACCUCGAGGCCCGCUCUACCAUAUUGGAGGAACAAAAGUCAAUAAGUCAACCCAAGUCCACGCCGAGGUCAGCGACCAUGGGAAUUGGAGCCGAGCGCCGACUUCUCAUACGCCGUCUCCCCUCGUUACCUCUCACGCGUUCCUGACGACGGAGCCCAACCUAUGGCCUAGACCUGGCCAACUUCGGCCGACGACCCCUUCAUCGUCUGAACGACUCCAGUGUGCGACACUCCUCUCUUCGACGGCAUCUCAUCCCAAUACGCCCAAUGCCCGCAUCGCGCCUGUCACUUUCGACUCGGAUUGUCCACACGGAAAGCUCCCCUGUCUCUUCAACAAUGAUCGCGUUGCCUCAUCGUACUUCUCAUGCGCCUUGCAUGAACAAGAGUCUCACUUAGUCGUCAUGUUGUUCCCCGGCCACGACCACGGCCCUUCAUUUCCCAGAAUGCCCACCGCCUCGCCCUUCUCUCCUGCCAAGUUCUUAUUCUUGGAAGCCGGCGCGGCUGACAUCGGAAUCGUACCCAAACGUCUACGGCUGCCGACGAGAAGCAAUAUCUCAUACAGCCACUCUUGGGACGGUUUCCUGACAGGGCUGACCCCAGCGGAGCAUCUACGCUUCAGAGCACCCCUGUUCCCUGGAUUUCUGGCUUAG